AUGCGAGUACCAAAAUAUUCCAGGGAUAUCAUAGAGUCUUUGGACUCUAUUCAACUCACACACUUUGCCAACGAUGCAGAGCGGUAUGAAGCCAAAGAAGCUGCUCGACGCUUGCUAAAUCGUCUCGAGACGCCGUUUGAGCAGGGUUGGAGGCUUUCGCUAGAGAAACCUGUGCUUAUCGCUGGUAUUCAGGUUGCUCUUGAUCUUGGUAUUUGGGAAAAAUGGACCAAGGCGGAUAAGAAGAAGCCAGGUGCGGCUGUUGACCUGGGGCAAUUGUUGAAGUGGGCCAACAAACAUAUUGAGCCAAACUUGUUGCGGAGAUUUUUUAGGCAUCUUGCUGCCCUCUAUGUGCUCGAAGAAACGGAUGUUGAUGCCUGGAAACCAACGCCUUACUCACUGUCCCUUGGAGAUACGGAAUCACAUACUGACCAGAUCACUCAAUGCGGGUAUGUCCGAGCCUUGACAGCGAUGUUUGAUUCAUCAAUAGCCUCCCUACUGACGCAUUCAGCACCGAUCACACAAUUCCCACCGGAAUCAAUCUUCCCCGGUUCCUUCAAAAAAUACAACUACCGUGAGCCCAUUGACUUGCAGGCUCUCGACAACUAUCGCGACAUGACUAACGGCACAGAUUUCUUCGCUCUCUGCGCGGCAGAUCCAGAGGGCAAAGGUAGCAGUUUCAUGGGCCUCAUGACAGCAUUGCAAAACCAUAAGAUGUCAUGGACUGACGUAUACGAUACCCGCAAGAUCAUACACGGAGCCGAUAUAUCGUCGGGAAAGCCUUUAUUUGUUGACAUUGGCGGUGCCCACGGCCUCGACACAUCACACCUUCUGGAACGACAUGGCGAUCUCCCCGCCGACGUGCUUAUCGUGCAAGAUACUCCUGAAGUCGUCGCUAUGCCUAUUGAGCAUCUCGACCCGCGUAUCGUAAAGCAAGCCUACGACUUCUUCACCCCGCAACCCCAACUCCACGCCCGCGCAUACUUUUUCCAUGCAGUGCCGCAUGACUGGCCCGACGCCGACUGUGUGCGCAUGUUUUCGCAGGCCAAGGCUGCAUUCAAGCCGGGGUACUCGAAGCUUUUGAUCUAUGAGGUUAUGCUUCCGAAGAAAGGGGCGACGAGUCUGAUGACGACGUUGGAUUUGCAGUUGAUGAAUUGUACGAGUGGAAUGGAGAGGACGGAGGAGCAUUGGGAGCGGUUGCUGUGCGAGGCUGGAUUUAGGAUCGUGGAGAUUAGUCGGCAUCCUCGGGCUGUGGAAAGUGUUACUGAAGCGGAUUUGAGGUGA